AUGUCUACUCCCUCAAGAACCGAAGCUAAAAAAAAUCAAUACGUUGGUCAAGCUAAAGAAAGUGCUGGCUAUGCUCUAGGUAACGAAUCCCUCGAAUCCAGAGGCAAGACGCAAGCCGACAGUGGUCAUGUUGAAGAAACCGCUGCCAAUGUUACAGGCUAUGUUAAAGGUGCUGCUGACCAAGUAACUGGUGCCGUCAAAGGUGCUGUUAACGCUCUUACUGGUAAUACGUUUGGCGAGGUUGGUAGUAAGGCUCAAGAAAAAAAGGGCGAAGCACAAAAAUCCUUCAAUUCCUAA